AUGACUACUACAGCUGGCACAGAACGGACUCCCGGAGAGCGGAAGAUGGUUUACGUGCGUCUGGGGAACUCCGGACUCAAGGUUUCGAAGAUCAUCCUGGGAUGUAUGAGCUACGGGACUUCUGAAUGGAUGCCAUGGGUCUUGUCUCGAGACGAAGGGGUCAAACAUAUAAAGGCCGCGUAUGAUGCGGGAAUCAACUGCUUCGAUACUGCCAAUAUCUACUCGAAUGGCCUAUCCGAAGAGAUCUUAGGACAAGCCAUCAAGGAGCAUAGACUUCCCCGCGAUGAGAUUGUGGUCAUGACGAAGGUGUGCGAACUCGUCACGCGUACGCAAACGGAGCGACACCGGGGCGAGACCAACCCCGAAGACUUUGGCUACGUGAAUCAGCGCGGGCUGAGCCGUAAGCAUAUCUUCGAUUCCGUGAAGCACAGCCUCGAUCGGCUUCAGCUCAGCUAUAUUGAUGUUCUUCAAUGCCAUCGUUUCGAUCCCAAUACUCCGAUCUCGGAGACCAUGCAAGCUCUGCAUGAUAUCGUCAAACUCGGAUACGUUCGGUACAUCGGCAUGAGUUCAUGUUAUACUUGGCAAUUUAUGGCAAUGCAGAACUACGCGCUCAACAAUGGGCUUACACCCUUCAUCUCCAUGCAGAACCACUAUUCGUUGGUGUACCGUGAGGAGGAACGCGAGAUGAAUCCCGCGCUGAAGCAUAUGGGAGUUGGAUCUAUCCCUUGGUCCCCUCUCGCCCGCGGUUUACUCACACGGCCCCUGGACUCCGAGAAGACCACUCGGGGUGGCUAUGACCGCUGGAUUGCGAUGUACCUGAAGGACUCCGGUGCAGAAGAGAUCGUUCGCCGGGUCGAACAAGUCGCGAGAGAGAAAGGCGUCAAGAUGAGCCAUGUCGCGCUCGCUUGGGUUCUCCAGAAAGAGCCCGUCUCCGCUGCAGUUGUAGGGACAACGUCUCUCAACAACUUGAAAGAUCUGAUCGCCGCACUGGACGUAAAGCUGUCCUCGGAGGAGAUGCAGUUCUUGGAAGAACCCUACCGCCCGAUGCCUAUCAUCGGGCACUGA